AUGCCCCACUCUCACAAAUGGCAUCAACAUUAUAAACGAAAUACAAUUUCCAAAAAUGGCAAGACCUUCAUCAUCCACUGCGGCACAAAUGACCUUGAACAGAUAGAUGCCAGUCAAAUCCUAGUAAAGCUCAAGACCUUGGAAAACCAACUCCACAAGAAAUACCCUCAAUCCCGAGUGAUAAUAUCAUUACUCCUACCACGAGCAGAUAAACUCAACGGAGCAGUAAACUCCCUCAAUGAAACAAUUCAGAAAGAAUUUAAAGAUAUAGCACACACAGCCCUAGUAGAACACAAUAAUAUAACACCACAGUAG